AUAUGGUUAAAUUAAGCAAAUAAAUAAAUUUGCCGAUAUGGCGAAUUGAAGCAGAAGAUCAGGCAGUUUUUUUGGCAGCCCUCACUUGGGUCCUUUCAAAACCAAGAUGGCUGCGCUGACAGCAACGUUAUUGAAACCAUGGACACCCAGGUUGUUCCAGGUGAGAUGGAGCAGGUAUAAUCCUUAUUACCUGGAGCCAGAGGUUCGGAAGGAAGUGUACAACAUCCCAGAAACGGAUCUUACGGCAGAACAGAGGAAGGAGCAGGAACUGAAAGCUGUCAGGCCCAUCAAAGCAGCAGCAGCCUCCCUUCACAGUUCUGGCUUCAGUGAUCCCAUGAUUAGCAAAUUUACAAACAUGAUGAUGAAAGGUGGCAACAAGGUUCUAGCCAGGAAUAUCAUGUUACAGACACUUGAGAACAUCAAGCGGAAACAAGUGGAGAAGUAUCACAAAACUCCUGAUGCCCAGAAGGCUACUAUAGAAUGCAAUCCAUAUAUCAUCUUCCACCAGGCACUGGCCAAUUGUAAGCCAGUUAUUGGUCUGGUUAGCAUCCAGAAAGGGGGCAAGUACUACCAGGUGCCCACCCCUCUCACGGACAAUCGGCGGCGCUUCCUCGCCAUGAAGUGGCUGAUCACAGAGUGCCGGGAGAACAAGCAUCGGCGGACACUCAUGGACGAGAAGCUGGCGCAGGAGCUGCUGACCGCCUUCUCAAAUGAGGGCCCUGUCAUCAAGAAGAAGUAUGAGCUUCACAAGAUGGCCGAGGCCAACAGAGCCUUCGCCCACUACCGCUGGUGGUAGCAGAACCUUUAUCUCUGAAGGACGUCACCAGAAUCCCCACACAAGGGAGACAUGGCCAUUGCAGGAUGGUACUGCAGCUUCCGUCAGAGAUUUUGUCUUUCCUGAGGCAAAGAACGGGGACUUUCAUCCUGGACAACCUUGGAAGACAAUUUCCCACUUUUAUAUAGUGGGGUGCACCACCUAUUCCACAAGUGUGAAUCAGUAAAAGAUUUUUUCCUAGCGUCUGUGGGAUAUGGAUGUAACUUGUACGGUUUCUAGAAGUUGUAAAUAAAAGUCACACGCAACAAGGUC